AUGGGCGAUUACGACGAAGUAGCGCUCUUCCCUAUGGCAAGGUCCAAGUUCACCGAUUUCACCCACCGGUACACCGAUGGUUCCCGAUCCAACACGGGCGUUGGCAUCGGAGUAUCCGGAAGUGGCAUACUCGUCAGCAACAGCCUACCACCGCAGUGCUCCGUUUACUCGGCAGAAGCGGCCGCGAUCUUCCACGCGGCCACUUCACCAGCUAAUCAACCAAUUCUCAUUUUAACAGAUUCGUACAGCGCUAUCCAGGAGCUCUGCUCGGCAACUCCCACCCACCCGUGGAUUCAGGCUACUGUCAAGUACGCACCCAGUAAUACCGUUUUUGCGUGGAUACCCGGCCACUGCGGAAUUCCCGGAAACGAGGCAGCCGACCAACUCGCUGGAACUGGACCGUCGGGUCCCAGAUUCACCGACAAAGUUCCCCUCCAGGACGUCAAACGGUGGAUUAAGGCCACCGUUCGGAAGGCAUGGACCGACCAAUGGGCCAGCACUCGAGGGCCUUUCAUCCGGAAAAUCAAGGGAACCACGGAGGCAUGGACGGACCUCCGAAACCUACCAGACCAGAGGAUACUCUCGAGGCUGAGAACUGGACACUGCCGUCUAUAUCUCAACUUCGGCGGAGGACCCUUCCGCAGGAGCUGCACUAUCUGCCACCUUCCGGCAACCGUCGAACACCUACUGUGUGUCUGCCCGGAAUUCCAGGACCUCCGGGAGACUUACGGGAUUACCUCCAGCAUCCGGAACCUGCUCGGAGAGGACUCGCCUGCUGCCGACGCCCUCCUGGUAUUCCUGAGGGAGGCGAAUUUGUAUCAUAAAAUUUAG